AUGAGGGUGAUCGCCGUUGGAAGAGACGCGAAGGGUCAUUUGUCUGAUUCAGACUUCAUUUUUAGAUCAAGACAAUGGGUAUCCUGUGCAACACCUGCAGGUGCGGCUGGUCGAGGUAGAGCUCCACGAAGAAGCAGUGUUGUGAGCCACAAAACUUCGAGGCCUUCUUCCCGGGCGCAGAGUGCGACGCCACUGACGCGGGGACUUGACUACACACCGCUUCAACGGAGGACGAGGGUUCGAUCAGUGAGACCAGAUUCCGAAGGAAGGGGGGGGAAAUCCGUUCGAGGUGAGUCAAAACCACCGCAUUCAUUCCACGGGUGUGAAAGGCCUACAAGUAGUACUGGAGACGAGGCUCGCAAGAGGGUUCAUGCGGCAUUAGACAUCGCCUGGCAGAAAUUCGGGGAGGCGCGUGUCUUCAUUCAGCACAAUUGCUUCCAGCAGGCCCUCCUGCGGUUAGAGAGUGCAAAAUAUCUGAUAGAUACAACCGAAGCAGUUGGUGAUUGCUGUUCCGUUUUAAGGCGCCGACUUGCCAUGGAACAACUCGGAAAGGAACUCAGCGCGAUUUCCCAUUCAUGCAUAAUACGUGGAUACCAUUCCCGCAAGCAAGACCCAACAGUCACUCGACCACCGUCUUCCAUAAUCGACGGAUCGUUUACCGAAGGGUGCAAAGAUGGUGACCGCCACGGCAGCCGCGCUGCUGACUGCAGUGAUGCUGAUGGAGGGGGGAAGCCAUGUGCUCACGGGGGUGGCAAUGCGGGGUCCACAGGAGUGGUUGGUAAUGACUUUCCCUGUAUGAAGCAGAAACAACAACUGUUUUUUACUAAGUUAAAUAACUAUAUGGGAAACAGUGUCAGGGACUCCAGGGACUUUGAUAGUGUUCGCAGAGCCAGUUAUGGGAGUGGAAUUCCAGUGGCUGCUCACGCAGGCUCCGGGGUCGUGCAUGGCAGUUGCAUUCAAAGUGUACCUUGCGGAUCACGUAGUCCGAACAGUCUUUCGUGUGGGUCGUUUGGUGUGUCAUCGCAUUCCCAACCUGCAGCUCAGCAUCUAUUUACGGCUGCUCCCGCCUCACCGAUGCGGGUGCCGAGGUCAUGCAGUGGCUUUGAUGGGUCCCGUUGCUCCUCAUGUAAUUUAUCUCGACCUGGCAUUGACCAUUGGAGACCCAUGAGUGGUGGACAAUCCCGGGAGCAAGAAGAGAUUGAGGGGCAGCGGCAAAAUGGUUAUUCUUUCUGCACACCUCAUUGCAGCCGCCCAGGCACUCGAGUAGACAAACUUUCAUUAAAUCCGACAGGGGAGACACAUAUGAGAGCAGAUAACGGAUCGUCCACGUCCCCUGUAUACGGAGAGGGUCAUCAACGUACGGACAUUAGUGGCGGUUAUUUGCCCUCCAGCACUUAUUGGCGUGCGUUAUCUGGGAACCAAGGCAAUUCCCAAUCAAGGGAUGGAAUGUGUACUCCUAAUGCUUCAACUCGAAGGUCGAGCGGGAUGCCCAACUCUGCAAGUACCACUCACUGGAGUUACUCGCAAAACUGGCCAAUUAACGCUUCCCCCCAGAGUCCUGUUAAUGGUAGACGCAUGUCUGUCUCGCCCCAACGGAAUCGUCGUACGAGGGUAUCUCCCGGAACAAAUGUGGGAAUGCCACAACGAAUGCAACAGGACGACUCGAUCUUUGACUUAGGAGAGCCGAAACUGGUGAAAUUAUACUCGUUUGAAAGAAGGUCACCCAGCAGGCGCGUCCAGACUCCCAAGAGAUUUCACCGUUUCUAUGCAUCAGGUACAGGUGAUGCACCAAUGUCUGCAUAUUCGUCCAUGCGUUUUAAUAGUUCUUCCCGGUCUCGUUCAGGAGCAACAUCGUGUGACCAAUCCCGUAAUAAAUUGUCCCCAUCACUGCAGCAGCAUGUGGGUGGGCUCAGUUUCAACAGCAACAGAAAUAAGUUCGGAGUGACUGCUGCUGAUUCGUUUGCAGCUCUAGGAGUUUCUUACCCCGGUCUUUCUGGGUCCACUUCGUCUCGUGGAACUGGGGCUAGGGACAUCACUACACUUCGAAACCGGAGGACGCGGGGAAAUUUCUCCCACAAUAGACCUGAAAUAGAAGGACGCGGGACACGUGAUGCUUCUUUAUUUGAUGGCAGAGUACCGGGAUGUCCCUUGCCCGAUGGUGCACAAAUGACUGAGAGUGUUUUCCACCGCUACUUCGACGGGAUCAGAAGCUAUCAGCAAGCUCGCAUGCUUCACAAACGAGUAGUAGAACAGCUGCUUCUCGAACAUGAGGUAGAGGAGAUAGAAAGGGAAAAUUGUGGAGAGGGGGGAGAAUAUGACGUGAAUCGCAAGGAGGUAUUAUUACACCAUCUAGAAGAUGCGUACAACCGUUGGCUAGUAUCGCACCUUGGAGCGAAACAGAAGUUGUUAAACCGAGAGGAGAUGCAGGGUGGGGAAUUGGGGGUUACGCUUAGGCAUGUAACGGACGAAGGGGUAGAGGAGCGUCGAAUCGUGCGUCCAUCAUCGUGUGAUUCCGCGAAAAGUGUCCAAUCGACUAAAGUUUUAGGGAACCAGAAGCCACACAUGACGGGAGAGGAAAACUUGAGGAGAUAUCAGGAUUUUAGAAGCGCAUCGCAAGCGACUGUACGAACUGACGAAGCAGACACCGCAUCGGUGAAACAUCAACUUUCCAGCGACAGCCCCGCGGGUUUGCCCCGGCACACAACCAUGGGGAUGAUUGUACAAAAGAGUAGCGGUGCUCCGCAGAAUGAGUUACUGGGCACCGGUCACAAACACGAGUCUGCCGUUGAAGGCUGUGUCACAGUGGCUCCAAACGAUAAAUUAAACAGAGUUACUGACAUCAGCCACGGAGCACAUUUAAAGACUUGCAAGGAGAAGGCUUCCACCGUAAGGGACACCGUUCUAAAAGCAAAGGAAACGAAUGGAAUGGGAGCUGCAGGGUUGAGUGUUGACCGGCGAUCGGGAGGAGGAUCCAACGAAGAGGCACAUACGGGUGGUAAUGUUUCAGCAGGUGAAGUUUCGAAUGUAGCGAGUCUUACCAAGAUAGGUAAAGGUGCGCUAUCAAAUGCCAGUGAUGAGCAGGAGCCCACCACUAAAGGUGUUGUCAACCCUGUUGAAGGAACUGUCAUUGAGGGCUCCGCGAGGAGGGCUGAUGAGCAACAACGGGACCUGUUGGAAAAUACCACGAAAUCAUUGGAACCAAAAUCAGAGGCUGCCUCUGAAGUAAGCGACGGCACACAGUCCGCCGCAAGCGUAGGGCAGGGGCCAACACCGUCGGACGCCACCACGAAAUCUCGGGCGACUAAGCCAUACACUACCAGUGAUGUUAGUGAUGAUGCGAAAUCUGUUACCAGUGUUGAACAGGAACCAGCUACUGCAGAUACCGCUACGGAUAUCAAAGAUACUAAAUCAGAUGCCACCAGUGAUGUUAGUGAUGAUGCGAAAUCUGUUACCAGUGUUGAACAGGAACCAGCUACUGCAGAUACCGCUACGGAUAUCAAAGAUACUAAAUCAGAUGCCACCAGUGAUGUUAGUGAUGAUGCGAAAUCUGUUACCAGUGUUGAACAGGAACCAGCUACUGCAGAUACCGCUACGGAUAUCAAAGAUACUAAAUCAGAUGCCACCAGUGAUGUUAGUGAUGAUGCGAAAUCUGUUACCAGUGUUGAACAGGAACCAGCUACUGCAGAUACCGCUACGGAUAUCAAAGAUACUAAAUCAGAUGCCACCAGUGAUGUUAGUGAUGAUGCGAAAUCUGUUACCAGUGUUGAACAGGAACCAGCUACUGCAGAUACCGCUACGGAUAUCAAAGAUACUAAAUCAGAUGCCACCAGUGAUGUUAGUGAUGAUGCGAAAUCUGUUACCAGUGUUGAACAGGAACCAGCUACUGCAGAUACCGCUACGGAUAUCAAAGAUACUAAAUCAGAUGCCACCAGUGAUGUUAGUGAUGAUGCGAAAUCUGUUACCAGUGUUGAACAGGAACCAGCUACUGCAGAUACCGCUACGGAUAUCAAAGAUACUAAAUCAGAUGCCACCAGUGAUGUUAGUGAUGAUGCGAAAUCUGUUACCAGUGUUGAACAGGAACCAGCUACUGCAGAUACCGCUACGGAUAUCAAAGAUACUAAAUCAGAUGCCACCAGUGAUGUUAGUGAUGAUGCGAAAUCUGUUACCAGUGUUGAACAGGAACCAGCUACUGCAGAUACCGCUACGGAUAUCAAAGAUACUAAAUCAGAUGCCACCAGUGAUGUUAGUGAUGAUGCGAAAUCUGUUACCAGUGUUGAACAGGAACCAGCUACUGCAGAUACCGCUACGGAUAUCAAAGAUACUAAAUCAGAUGCCACCAGUGAUGUUAGUGAUGAUGCGAAAUCUGUUACCAGUGUUGAACAGGAACCAGCUACUGCAGAUACCGCUACGGAUAUCAAAGAUACUAAAUCAGAUGCCACCAGUGAUGUCAGUGAUGACACCAGGUCAGAAACAAGUUCUGGGCGGGAUUCGCACACUAAUGACCGCACCGCAAAGAGCCAUGAGACGGAGUCGUGUAGUAGUUCAUGGUAA